AUGACUAUCAACAGCUUCUCCAUUGAUUAUGAUGCGAUCAAUGCACAGAACAUCUUCACCAGCGGAGAUCGUCUGACUGGGUGAAUCACUGUGGAUGUCUCAAAAGAAACUAAGAUCCAGUCUCUCACUUUGUUGGCCAAAGGAAAGGCUACUGUGCAUUGGACUGAAUAUUAUGGACAGUAUACAACAGUUGUAUACUAUGCCAGCAAGAAAUACUUCAAAAUUGAGCACAAUAUAUUGAAGGAGGGAAGAGUCAAUGAUAAU